UAAUAUGUGUGCUCUGUGGUUUUCAUUAAAAUUUCCUAAAUUAUUAUUAUUCGAAUUUCUCGAAUGUGAAAUCAAAAAUCAACCUUCAACACCGAAAUAGUUUCAAAUAUUCAUUAUUGACUAUUCGUUUGUAAUUCGUAGAAAACAAAAUAUAGAAAAAGCAUUAAGGAAAAAAAUUGUGACUAUUUCAAACCUCAGUUUAAAACAUUGGCUGUCAAAACAUUGGUAUUAGGUAGGUACUUAUUGUGUAUUUGUAUUAAUGUUGAAUGUGUUAAGAAUAUGUCUUCAUCUGACUCCGAAGACGGGUGUUACAGCAAUGUGGUGAAAAACCGAGAACUCAUUCGUGAGCAAUGUCGAAUGAAAUUACUAGCAAACACUGAAGUUGCAGCUGUAAAAUGUACCGGUAAAACUGAUAUUAGUAUCAUCAACUUGGAAAAAAAGGAGAGCACCACAUCAAAUACAGCAAGAGUAGCUAAUAACACCACAAGUUCAUUGAUUGUCGAUUCCAUUGAAGAUGAUUUCAUUAUAGACGAAAUUAUUGCGAAAAACUCUAAACCCGUUCCACGGUCUAGAGGUAGAAAAAAGAAAGAAAGUGUUAUACGAGCCAAUGCCACAGAAGAACCUGUAGUUGGUAAUACAGGGGGUAGGGGCCGAGGAAGGGUUAGCAGGAGGGGCAGAGCAUCCAAAACCAAUGUUAUAGAUAUGGGAAUAUGCAAUAAUUUAGCCUCGGCUCCAUUAUCAAAUGGUAGAGGCAGAAAAACAAGAAGUUCAGCUAGCACGUCAGCCAUCGAAGAUUUACUGGGUGCAUUAAUAAGCAACAGAGGUAGAGGCCGAAAAAGGAGUAGAGUGAACUAUUCCCCAAAUAGCUCAGUUGAAGAGUUAUUACAAAAUUUGUCACCAGUUAACAUUAACGGACGAGGUAACACUAGACAACAGAGUAGAGGUAGAGGUGUGAGUCCACUAGCUGUAGCCAGUCCAAUUUAUCCAACAUAUAGCAUUGGUAAUACGGAUGAGUAUCCCGAUAUGUCCGAUGAUGUACCAUUAUUUAGUAAACCGUCUACAAAAACAAAACAUGAGACUGUUGACUUAGAUCAAACAGUAACUGAGAAUGUAGACGACAAUGAAUCGUUAUCAGUAAAAGUCAUAUGGAAAAGUUUUGAAAACUUCAAAUUCACGAUACGUAAAUACCAGAAUAUAACUCAGAUAUUCGAUUUUUUUGCCCAGAAAGAAAAUGUUAGUAAGGACAAAUUGUUAUUCAUGUACAAAAACAAAAUAUUAACACGUGAAGAUACACCAGCGUCGAUAGAUUACAAUAUCGCUAAAUUCAUUGAUGGAGGUGUUGUGAGUCAUAGUGUACAUAAUAUAUUUAAAAAUAAAACUAUAAUCAAUGGAAUUAAGAUAAAAUUCCAAUGUCAGAACAUUAAGAAGCCUCUAGAAAUAGCGAUCGGGAAUGAUGAUAAGCUUUCAUUAGCGAUGACCCAAUGCGCUGAGACCUUGGAGGUUCCAUUAAAUAAGCUUAAGUUUGAGUUUGAUGGUGACAUUGUUGCAGGCACAAGUUCACCUCAACAGAUGGGUUUGGAAGAUGGCGAUUGUAUUGAUGUUAUGAUGCUCAGCUGAAUUAUUGAUAUUUCUUUUUUAUUUGUGAUUAAUGUAUUAUAGGAGGAGCGCUAAUAGACUAGUUAGGACUUUGGCUUCACUUUUCAGAAUGAAUCUAAGUAUUCACCUCUAACUUUCUGUGUUGUGUUUAUUUUUUCCCGUCGAAUAGUGUGAACAAAAACAGGAAUAAAACUAUCUGGUGCCCUUUUUUGUUGUACCUACCUAUCUCUAACAUUAUUCUGAGCCGAUAUCUGUAAACUAGGU